UCAGUUUUAACAGGAUAGAGUACAGAGCGCAGGCAGUGUAAAAAAUUUGAGUUCAAAUGAAGGGAGUUAAACUCAGAGAGACAACAAAGAGGGGUAGGAGAGAAACCACUGUUAGGUAGUGUAGGAAGUUAGGGUGAGAGAUAAUUCAAAAAAAGAAUGGGCUGCCUAGUUAGCAGUGCUGGCGCUCUUCUCUUAACCUCCUUGCUGGCUUUGCUUUUUGGAGUUUCUGCCGUCCUGGGCCAGGAACUGAGAGAGAAUGAUGCACUUUGUAAUGCUGAUGGCUGCGUUGUGGUCUAUUUCCAAGAAAAAACCUUUCUGGACUCAUGGAGGGCCUGCAAAGAGAGAGGAGGCAAUCUCGCCACCAUCAAACACAAAGAGGAUGCCACCACUAUUGCCAUACUUUUCUCAGCUCUGGACUUGCGCCACUCACGCACGGAGAUCAAGGUAUGGAUAGGCCUGCAGCGCCAGCCUCGCCAGUGUACUACUGCUCGCCCCCUGCGGGGUUUCUCUUGGACCACUGGUGACCAGGACACAGAGUACACCAACUGGCAGAGAGAGGACUCCCCUGAUUUAUGUGUGGUGCCACGCUGUGUGGUCAUGGGCUACAGCAUUUACGAGAAGAAUGAUAAUUUUAAAUGGCAGGAUGACUCUUGCUCAGUUCCUGCAGAUGGGUAUCUUUGUCAUUAUGGCUAUAAAGGAAUGUGUCCAGCCUUAUGGACAGAAGGUGGAGGCCAUAUCCUUUACAAAACACCAUUUAACCUUCUAAGCACACUGCUAACCCAUGUACCCUUUGGAUCUAAUGCUACUGUGCCAUGCCUCAUAGGCACCAAGGAGGAACAGUCCGUUUUGUGUAUGUUGAGGGAGGAUGGCUCUGUUGGAUGGUCAAGAGAUUCCCCUCUUUGCUCUGAUCCUAUUGUAUCCCACAGUUGGUGUGAUCAGGAUAAUGGUGGAUGUGAGCAUUUCUGCAGGACGGCUGGGGAACACUUCUACUGUGAGUGUGCGGAUGAGUAUCAACUCGGAGAUGAUGGGCAGAGCUGUGAGAUGUCUGAUGUUUGUCAAGGGGCCCCCUGUGAGUAUGAGUGCCUGCCCCUUUCAGAUGGGUAUCGCUGUGCCUGCCCUGAAGGAUACAUGCUUGCACCAGACGAACGUGGCUGCCUGGAUGUAGACGAGUGCCUCCAGAGUCCUUGUGAACAACUUUGUGAGAAUGCUCCAGGGACAUUUGAAUGUCGAUGUCGGGAUGGUUACCAUCCAGAUGAUGAGGGUGGAUGUGAGGAUCAAGAUGAGUGUAUAAAUGACCCAUGUGAGCAUGCCUGUGAGAACACUCCAGGCUCUCAUAUCUGCCACUGCCAUCUGGGGUUUUCCCCAGUACCUGAGGACACAAAACGAUGCCAGGACACUGAUGAGUGCCAGAUCCCUGGGACCUGUGAGCAGAUGUGUGUGAAUUAUGACGGUGGAUUCGAGUGCUACUGUGAGGAAGGUUAUGAACUCAUGUCUGAUCACUACUCAUGUCAGAAAAGAGGGGAAGGAGAUGGCCAUUCUGCCUUUACCUCUCCUUUUCCUUGGGUCACUCACCAACCUGGGCCUGAAUGGGACCUCAUGGACUAUGAAUGGAAUCUGCAGCAGAGCCACACUGACUGGCCCCCAGAGGAGGAACAAUCUCUGAACUGGCUGACUGAUCCACCCAGAGUUUUGAACCCUGAUGUCAUUUGGGUCACAAGUGCUCCACAGGAGGAACUGCCCUUUUCAUCUGCAGUGGACCCUUUGACACAGGGGAAUGAGAAUGAUGAGAAAGACAAAGACAUGAAUGGAGGUGAUUGGUUAGAGUGGGGGCAGAAACCUCAGCCUGAGCUGGAGGUUUUUCCAAACACCAUCUCGACCACACCUCCACCUGAAACCAGUACUAGCACUGAACCAGACGCAUAUGAAGAUGACCAGGAGACCACCACAGCCCUUCCUUUCCUUUCCACCUCUUCAAUCUCUGAGGGAGCUUGGAAUUGGUGGUCUAGUCUCACCACUUCCAGCCAUGAAGCAGGAAAUCCAGAGGAUACAGUCACAAGCCACAACAUGACUGCGGAUUCCAGCUACCACAAAGGAGGGGACGACGAAGAACAGUACCUAGAAGAGGAGUUGGGGGAGGAGAAAAAGGACUAUGUGGAGAUAACACACUCCCAAGAUCCAACUGUUCUCACACGGCUUACCUCUUCCCAGCCAACUUCGAGUGGGGGUGGAAGGAGCGGAGACAACCCGGAUUCUGGCUCGGAAAACAGUGAGCCUAAAAUCAGCAGCACCUGGCUCCUGGUAGGACUAAUAGUGCCCAUCUGCAUACUCAUUUUGGUGAUACUGGCAUUGGUCAUUGUCUAUUGUACUCACUGUGCUCUCCGACCACGCAGUAAGAAUGUGACUGACUGCUACCACUGGAUUUCAGGGGCUCAUGAUCCACAGGUAGCUUCUAACCCCUCAGUCGGGGUCAAAACCUGUGUUUAAACGGAGAAGGGAGAACCUAGCAUUUAAAUAAUAUCUCUUUUUCAGAGGUAAGCUGGAGGGAAUAAUGAACCUGGUAAAAGGCAGAACAUUUUUUUUUAACCCUCUCUAACUAGGAAACUGCCCACUCUGAGCACAUUUAGAUAUCACGCUUGAAUAUAAACUGAUAGAGGCAAUGAAGACACACUGAAAACCAAGACCUUUUGGUACACACUCUCUAUGUGGUCAAAUCUGUAUAAAGAUUUUUAAAAUUGGACAUUGCUAUAGUAUCAUAAAUUAUACAAACUUUAUUUGUUAUGUCAAAAAAAAUUCUAAUAUCUAGGGAUACUGUUUGUAGAAAUGUAUUCAUUUCAUAGCAAAACUUGACUACAAGGUCUCUUUCAUUCAAAAUCCUCGGGCUCAGUUAAUUUCAUUUGCAUAUCCCGGUAGACAUCUGUUACUCGAACUGCUCACAUCAGCAAUGGGGAAGAGGAAACUCUAUAUCCCUUCAAGAAAAAAAGACAUUCUGAAGUCACAUGAUAUUGCUGGAAAAACAAUCAUUUGAAAAUCACUGUGUUAACUACUUCAUGAGAGACUGAAACCAUCUUUGUGUAUUGUGUUUCUAUUGUAUUUAUAUUAAGUUUCAUACUUGUCAAAUUUUUAAGUAAAUUCAACAAUUGUAAUAAAUUAAAAAUGACACAGUUUAUGGACCCAAUAAACCUAGUGAAAUACAAAGGAAUGUCUGUCUACACAUGGUAAUAUUUUUCCCAACUGAUGUCCAGUUUAACAGCACCUAUCCCUUUUCUGACUUUUUUAAAAAUGUAAGUUGAAGAACAGAUGUUCACAUUGCACAAGGAAUGUUGUGGGAGCUGGUAGCCAAUAUUAGCCAUGAUAUUAGAAUAGCCAUCGAUCACCUUACAUCAUUAAUAGAAGAAGUCUAUGUCUUUGCCAAGCCUUUAAAUGUUUUAAUUGUUGCUGUUUAUCAUGUCCAGCUCUGAGACUAUAUUAAGUGUGAAACUCUUCUGAAACUUCUUUUUGCAAAAUGUUUUACAAUUUAUGGUGAAAAUUUAAUUUGACAAUUUCAGAUCCCAGAUUACAAAACUGUAAGUAGAAGUGUCGGUUGGAUUUUAAGGUGUUUCAUUUUAAUUAAACAAAGUGGGAAAAGCCCAAAUGAAAGAAAUCUAAGCACAUACUUAUUUUGACAUCAUUUCCAUUUAGUGCCAUUUCAAAUUCAGACAGAAAAUAUUUUUUGAUAGACUGUGAAAUAUAAGAAACAUCUAAUGUAUAUUGUUAUGUUUUUAUAUUAUUAUGUGAA